AUGCUCCGUGAAGACGCGGCAGCGCAGGGGACGCCCGGAGGCGGAGGCGGUGGCCGUGGAGAUGCCGGUGGCGGCUCCAGCGACCGCCUCAGCCGUCUACCGGACAAUAUCCUCCCCCGGGUCAUGUCGCACCUCAAGACGUGGGAGGCGGUGCGCACGUGCGUGCUCUCCAAGAGGUGGCGCCACCUGUGGGCCUCCAUGAACUGCCUCGACAUCCGCAAGCCGUGCCCCUGCGUCGACGACGGCGACAUCAGCGCCGACCAUCCCCGGACGACGGCGAGAGCCGAAUUCGUCAAGAACCUGAUGCACCGGCGGCGGCAGCUGGCGCCGCUGGACUCGCUCCGCCUCUGCUGGAGCCACGAGGCCCGCAACGGGAACGCCAACUCAUGGAUCGCCUACACCGUCAGGCACGGCGCGGAGGAAAUCGAGUUCUCCGGGGAGCAUCACACUCGCCUCAGGACCCUGAAGCUUAUCCAUGUCCGGCUGGAUGACACCACCCUCACGCAGCUCAGGUCUAGGUGCACUUGUUUGGAAGAACUAGAGCUCAAGGAUUAUCAAAUACCCGAGGUCACCACGAUCCGGACCACCAUGCUGAAGCGGUUGGCCAUGAACAAGUGCAAAAUCCCCAAGGGCUGCUUGGUUUAUGCUCCCAACCUUGUUUCGCUCUGUUGCAGCAGGCCUUUUGGGUAUGUUCCUUGGAUCGAGAACUUGGGAUCACCUGGUAUAGUCAAUAUCAUCAUGCACCGGACACCAGAUGUGUACCCAGAAUACACGGACCCCGUUUUCUGCAAUCUCAAGAUCUUGCAACUCUCUCAUGUCCAUCUUGAUGACACCACCCUCAGGCAGCUCUGUUCUAGGGUUCAUGCUCCAAACCUUGUCUUGCUGCUCUGCAUCAAGCCUUUUCAAUACUUCCCUCAGAUCCAGAAAAUGGAAUUCCUAGUCACAGCAGCUAUUGUUCUUGAUGACUCUUGCUUGCUUUCUGAUUGUCAAUGGCCACAGGAGGAGGAUGAGUCAGAUGAUAACAGCAACAAUGAAUCUGAUGGUGACUCUGGUGAUAGCAAACACAACGAAUCUGAUGAUAGUAGUAUCUACUAUGAUUCUGAUCGUGAUCGGUCUGCACCAAGUGAUGAGGAGGACGAUGACUGUACUCUGAGUUAUAAUGUGAUUGCAGAGGACAGAUACAGAGAAUCCAAGUAUUUGAUUAAUGGUCAUAAACGCAGUAUAGAUGAACCUGUGAAAAGUUGCUGUGAAGAGUAUGGGAGCAAGAUUUCUAGUGACUUCGGUGGUGUUGGUAUGCUUUGCAGCCUCUCACAUGUUAAAACAAUGGACUUGUUAGCUCAUCCAAGAGAGGUGCUGCUUACGAGGGAAUUGAAAUCUAGCACUGAAUUCAAAAACCUGAAGAUUCUGUCUCUUGGUGAAUGGUGUAUAACUCCUGGCUUUGAUGAGUUAGCAUCCAUACUUGGGCACUCACCAAACUUAGACAUGGCAUAUAACAAAAGAUUGGGAUUCAUUCAAAGUACAAGGUCAUUCGUGUGCACCAAGCUGAAGAUGGUGAAGAUCACAUGCUGUUGUAUGGAAAAGGUUGACUGA